AUGAAGAAUGGAAAAUCUGGUGGAGACGACGGGAUUAGCGCAGAAAUGCUAAAAUAUCUUCCUCCGUCUGGGAUUCGUGAGAUGACAAAGAACAUCCGUCCAAUAUGGAUAGACGAAAGAAUACCCGAUUCGUGGAGACACGCUAUCAUAAUUCCCCUCCACAAGAAGUUAACCGUCACGGACCCCAGGAAUUAUCGAGGAAUCUCUUUGCUGCGUGUUAUGUACGAGGUAUUGGAGCGCAUUAUCCUGGACCGACUCAAUAAACAUAGCGAAGAAACAACGCGCGACGAGCAAGCUGGCUUUCGUCUUGGCCGAUCCACGAUUGACCAGGUGUUCAUCGUCAGGAGAGUGAUCGAAAUCUGA